AUGUCCUACGGCGGACAAACGCCGACGAUCAUCGUCUUGAAGGAAGGCACCGAUCAAUCGCAAGGACGGGGCCAGGUCAUAUCCAACAUCAACGCAUGCAUAGCCGUGCAAUCAACCAUCAAGAGCACACUCGGACCAUAUGGAGGUGAUCUGCUCUUAGUAGACGAGAAUGGGAAGACGACAAUCACCAACGACGGCGCGACGGUGAUGAAGCUGCUCGAUAUCGUCCAUCCAGCAGCACGAAUCCUCACAGAUAUUGCCCGGUCACAGGAUGCGGAAGUUGGGGAUGGUACGACGUCAGUGGUAGUGUUGGCGGGUGAGAUCUUGAAGGAGGUCAAGGAGCAUGUAGAGCAGGGCGUGAGCAGCCAGACUAUCAUCAAAGGUCUACGGAGAGCGAGCAUGAUGGCUGUGAACAAGAUCAAGGAGAUUGCCGUCAACACAAGCGAGGGCAAUCAGAGGGAGACGCUGCGGAAAUUGGCGGCCACGGCUAUGAGCAGCAAGCUUAUCCAUCGCAAUGCUGAUUUCUUCACAAAAAUGGUUGUUGACGCCGUCCUCACACUCGACCAGGACGACCUAAACGAGAGGCUCAUCGGCAUGAAGAAAAUCACUGGUGGUGCACUCCAGGACUCCCUCUUCGUCAACGGCGUAGCAUUCAAGAAAACCUUCGCCUACGCCGGCUUCGAACAACAACCCAAAUCCUUCAAAGACCCCCGAAUCGUCUGCCUAAACGUCGAACUCGAAAUCAAGAGCGAAAAGGACAACGCCGAGAUCCGCGUGGAGCAAGUCUCCGAGUACCAAGCCAUCGUCGACGCCGAAUGGCGCAUCAUCUACGACAAAAUGGAAGCCCUCAGCAAAACCGGCGCCAAGGUCGUCCUGUCCAAACUUCCCAUCGGCGACCUCGCCACCCAAUACUUCGCCGACCGCGACAUCUUCUGCGCCGGCCGCGUCGCCUCGGAGGACAUGGAACGCGUCUGCCAAGCCACCGGCGCCAGCAUCCAAUCCACCUGCACGGACAUCAAGUCGCAACACCUGGGGACCUGCGCGCGCUUCGAAGAACGCCAAAUCGGCAGCGAACGGAUGAAUUUCUUCGAGGGCUGCCCGGAAGCCAAAACCUGCACCCUCGUCCUCCGCGGCGGCGCCGAACAAUUCAUCGCCGAGGUGGAACGCUCCCUCCACGACGCCAUCAUGAUCGUCAAGCGCGCCAUCAAAAACACCACCAUCGUCGCCGGCGGCGGGGCCUGCGAAAUGGAAAUCUCCGCCUACCUCCACGGCUUCGCGGAUAAGAACAUCCCGCACAAACAACAAUCCAUCAUCAAAGCCUUCGCCAAAGCGCUCGAAGUGAUCCCGCGCCAACUCUGCGACAACGCCGGCUUCGACGCCACGGACAUCUUGAACAUGCUCCGCGUCGAGCAUCGGAAGGGUUUCGUAUGGGCCGGGGUAGAUUUCGAUAAUGAGGGGAUUCGGGAUAAUUUGGAGGCGUUUGUGUGGGAACCCGCGUUGGUGAAGAUCAAUGCCAUUCAGGCGGCCGUGGAGGCGAGUUGUUUGAUUUUGAGUGUGGAUGAGACGAUUCGGAAUCAGGAGAGUCAGGCGCCGCAGGGGCCGCAGAGGGGGUUGCCGCCGGGGGCGGCGCAGAGGGCUAUGAGGGGACGGGGGAGGGGGAUGCCUAUGAGAGGGCGGUAA